AUGAAGAGUCAACAGAAUGUGCGCUUGGACGAAAUAACAAAAAUGUCAGAUCGAAUAUCUACGAUUGGUAGGUUUGGUGAAAUCGUAAAUUUUGAGACACUUAUUCCACUGGAUGUAACAAGCGAUUUGGUGAUCAUUUGCGAUGGGUACUUCCCUCAAUUUUCUUCUAUGAUUGAGGCGCUUCCAGACAUUGUCCAAAUCACUUUGGUCUACUUCUCCACACGCAUUUUUAAGACAAACGCUUUGGGCAAAGAGGACGCUUUAAAAACGUUCACACCAGAUUUCUUUCAAAACACAGAGAAGCCAACGGCUAUGACAAACACGUUUCAAACACAACAGGACAAUAUAUCAUUGGCUAAGGUAUUACUUCUCUUCACAAAUCGAAUCAAAAUGAACAUCAAAUCGCUAAAGAAGAACGUGUUACUUGUAUUGACUAAAAACAGAAACUUUACACAUGAACUCCCAGACACUUUUGUCACGAGUAUCCUUCCACUUCUUAGACCACCAGAGGUGUUUUUAUCAAUUUUACUUACAAAACCACAUUUAUACAAACAAGUCGCAUAUAUACACGAGAAACUCGGCGCGAAGGUUGUCGCUGGAAUAUCAACAUUGCCACCUAGAAAAAUUCCCAAAGACAAAGGCGAGCGAAUCGAGAAGAAGGGAUUCCGAAUCGACAUACCCACAGAUUAUUGGGAGACACAUCCUUUUGGAUGCGAAAACACGCCGACACAUUUUGUAGUUACUCCAGUUAGUAUAGCUGUGUACAAAAAGUGCUCGAGAUAUGGUGAAAAUGAUAGACUUGCAGAGUACGACUGUUUUUUCGAUAAAAAGACUGGUGUUUUGUUAUCGGAGAAUGAAGAAGCGAUGGAAGAAAAGGAUACGAUGUUUAGCGAAAUGGAACAGCGAGGGUUGGUGUGUUACUUAGUGUGGUUGUUCAACGAGGAGAGUAAAAAGUUUGGAGGGAAACCGAUUCACGUUGGUCAGCGGAGUAUAUUUGUUGAGGAUUUUACGUGUUCUAUAUUUAGGGAAGAAGAGUGGAUGUAUCCCAAAAGCGAAGUGUUCAAACGAAUCAAAGGGUACAAGAGAAUGUAUUUAGAAGAACGGAUAAGUACAACGAAAGUGUUGAGCGACAUCAGUCAGAGUCUGACGUUAGAGUGUUUCAAGCACUUUUCACAAAAAGCGAGUCAAGACCAAUUAAUUGUUGAUUUGAAAACCGUUGGAGUGAUUGAGAGUGAAGGACAUAGUGAAUAUCAAAUAGAGGAGUGUUCUGUACUCCAUACCUCAUUAUUCAAAUUCAUGUUAGUGAACCGAAAUUUUGAAAGAACGAAAACCACUGCAUUUUCGGAACACACGUGUAAUGUCAACUGUGAACGCAUCAAACUCGGUGAAGAAGACGAGUUGGAAUCAAGCAAAAAAAAUCGAGCUAUCACAGCCGUGUGA